UUUACAUAGAGAGCAGGAAGUUUUUCAUUAAUCAGCAGCAGUGUCACCCGUGCUCUCGUUGUAUUUUCGCUUUUGUUUAGCGGUUUAAAACUCUGAAUCUGAAAUGUUUUGUAAUAGCAGUGACUUUGACUGACAGUUUUCUUACUUCACAAUGAUUCUUUUUAAACUACUCUUAGUGUUCAUGUGUGUGUCGCUGUCGUCCGCGGUGAGGAUUUUACAAUGGCCUCCUCUCAACUGCUCUCAACAGGGUUUGAAGUGUAGCGUCACCACAAGUAACUGUAUGGACAGUAAAUGGCUGGAUGUUCAUGAGUACACUCCCAGCGGUCCAGAGGGGCUGCAGGUGUCUGUGGACACCAGGCAGGAUGAGACAGGACACCUGCACCCUGUACUGGUUGCUAACUGGAAGAUAAAGGAUGAUGGCAGUAUUAGUAAGCUGAGAGCCACCGAGCUUCACGUUCUGGUAGCGUCCACCAACCAGAACCUGUGUGUCCGAUACUCCUUCAAAGACAAGCUUCCAAUGAGGAAUCCGUCAGAGGAACAGUGGUCGUUCUCAGCUAAUAUGCUGAUCUUGGACCCAGGUCGGGAAUACCACGUCUCUGUCGUCAACAUCCCUAAACCAGAGAUUGGCCACACCCCGUAUGAUGUCAGCGCUGAUGUCAAAGUUCCUGAUUGUCUCGAUCCCACAAUGCAGAUGACCCAGUUUUGCAUAGAGAGAGGAAGUCUGUGGCAGCCUAACAUCAGUCUGGCUCAAACCACUGCAGUGGAUAACACAUCUGUACUGGCUGUCAGCUUCACUCCUGACACACUCUGUGAGGAGUACAUAGUUAAAGUCAGCUGCUCUUCUACCGACCAGGUAGUCCGUACAUAUAAGGCUAGUCAGAGGACCCUGAAUGUUACAUUUAACCUGGAUAAAUGGCCCAGCUAUUGUUGCAAGUUUGAUGCUGAGAUCAAACCUCUUUUCCCACAAUGUGGCAAUGACUGCACCCGCCGAAAGAGAAUUCGGGAUAUUUGUCCUGUAAAGCCAACAGGUGCCCCUGGGUCCUAUGUCCCUGUGUACACAUUUGUCAUCCUUGGAGUGGUGUUGACAUCUUUUGUGAUGGCAGUAGUUAUGUACAUCCUCUGCCGGAAGCAAGGCAAACCUGGUGAUACUGCAGCACCUGGGAAAGGUGUGAUUACGCAGCCACAUCCACUUAAACAACCUCCCAAAGUGCUGGUCAUCUACUCCCAGGACCACCACCUCUACAGGGACGUGGUGCUCAAGCUCUGUGCCUUCCUCCGGGCCAAGUGUGGCACCGAGGUGCUGGCUGACCUGUUAGACUCCACCUCGGUCGGCAUGGUGGGUCGCGUCCGUUGGCUUGAGUGGCAGCGACAACAGCUUAAAAAUCCUUCUGACAAAAUACUGGUGCUGUGCUCGCGAGGUGUCCAGGCAAAGUGGAGGGCCUUGUGCGGUCAAGGUCGGGUGACGCUAAGGGAAGAUGCUCUCUCCCCUACUGACGACAUGCUUACUCCCUUUCUCAACCUCUUCCUACCUGACAUGCAUCAGGCAGGCAUGCUGGGCAAGUACAUGGUGGCCUACUUCGAUGACAUCAGCACGGAAAAAGACGUGCCAUCGGUUUUUGAUAUUGCAGUCAAGUACAAGCUGAUGAAGCAUUUCGAAGAGCUCUUCUUCCGCAUCCUGAACUUUGAGAAGUAUCAGCCAGGUCAGGUGACCCAUAUCAAAGGCAUUGGUGCGGAUGAAUAUUUUGAGUGUCCCUCAGGUAGAGCCCUUAAGGAUGCCAUUGAAACCUUCCAGGCCUACCAGUUGGGAAAUCCUGAUUGGUUUGAAAAGGAGUGUGUGAACAGUGAGGACGAGAUCAGAGCUGAGGCAAACCAGCUCAUCGAACAGCUGCAGAUCCCUCCAGUCCUAGAGUGUGUUCCUCUAAUCAGGGACGGGCGUCCUGUCCACGUCCAUGAGGUGGAAAUCAAUGAAAAUCUCGACAGCAUUCAUGUCCUUAUACCUGAACUGAACCCAGGGUGCGAGCUGUCCUCAGUGGCAGAACUGACACCAGUAGUGAACCCCGAGUGCGAACCCCUGUAUCUGUCAAACCUGGACGAAGUGUUGACAGACCACCUGUAUCCACACAGCCCCAGUCCAGAAUCUGCCUACAUAGUUGAGCCUGUUUUGAACAACCCGCAACCACCAAGACAGAACUGGCUCUCCCUCGAAGAAGAACGCUCCGGUCAAAUUCCCACUGAGGAUGAGGAAGAGGAUUCCCUGCUACCUAUGAGCCACUGCUCCGCUCAUUUGGACCACGGUAGCUCGGACCUAGAGCUACAGAACUUCCUGGACUCAACACCUCAAGAAUCCUCACAUACCAGCAUGCAGAGGGAUUAUUUCCCUCCACACGAAAUCGUCCACUCACAGCCUGUGGAGAUGGAAGAGGACGAGGUCCUGGAGCCCAGUGGAAAGGGUCCAAGCAGUGGAUCUGAUCAAGGCUACAUCUCCAAAAUGUCCUCACAGCAUGAGCCUCCUUUCAAAGAGGAUCCACUGGUGGCUCUGAGAAGACUGCAGGAGGAGCUGCUUCUAAACAAUUUCGGAUACUCUGACAUCAGUCUUGAAGGGAACUGAUGCUCACAGUCCAAUGUCCAGCCACAGAAAUAAGUACUAAACUUUCACUUGCUUUAACUGGCAUCACCUGCAUGCAUGAAGGAGGGUGUAUGAGCUCCAAACACAGAGAUGGUGCUUCUGUGGCCAAUAGUGUGGGGCUUACAUGUUACUUAUAAAACAUAUGUUAUUAAUAUGUUGUUUGAUCAAAACUGAUGAAGACAAAUCAACAUGAGCAUGCCUUAAUGGAACAAAGAGGAAGACACAGUGACUGUACGCUGAGAGUUGUUUAAUGUCAGUUUUUGUAAUGGGUUGUGAAUUUGUUGUAUUCAAGCCAAAAGGAUUGUUUAAAUGCACGUUGCACCUGGCUCAUCACUUGCAGAAGAUUGCAAAGUUGGAUAAGCAACCUAUGUAAAGCAACAACUGAUCAGGGGAUCCUCAUUCUGAACAGAUAGAAGAUUUAAGACGACGUAGAUUCUUACACAAUCUUAAGACCCAUCUUGUAUAGCAGUCCUGAUCAAAUCUUUUAUUAUUAUCUUUUCAGUUUAUAUUGUGCUGACAUGGUACAUUUUACUUCAUCAAGGGCCCGUUAAAGCUACAGUUGGUAACUUGGCAAAAAAAAUGCCAUAAUUUGAAUUAAAGUGAGAUCUCCCUCCCUCCACGCUAACAAUGUGUUCUGAAAACAUCUGAGGUAAGAAAAAGGCAACAUAGUCUUGAUUCAUAUUUGAUCAGCACUUCUUAGUUCAUUCAGUCAGCGACAUGAUUGACAGCUGCAUUCAAGACUGCUUGGCUCUGAUUGGCUGUUUGCAUUUAGGCGCAAUGGAGUCUUGAGACAGAGGAAUGAUUUUUUUCACAGAUUAUCUGUCUCAUGUCACUGUCAAGAUAGUUUUCACAAAUAUAACAAAUACCUAUUUAUAUAAUAUUCACCAGCUUUAACUAAUCUAUACACAACACACAGAGAAUGGGAGAAACAGAGGGGUCAUCAUGGGCCUAUAGCUAAUUAUGUCCAAAUGAAGCUUCAUGACCCAUUAGGGUAUAGGCACACAUAAGGGAAUGCAGGCAAGUGCCCAGGCGAUUUUUUCGUUGAAGGCAGGCAGUGCAGGAUGUACCGGAGACGGAAAUCAGUUGCUGGUUUUUCGUCUGUUUUGACAGCCAAGUGGGGUCAACCACAAACAGACACACAUGUCUUGAUGUUAUUAUUGUGAGGCUGCAACUUGGCUGCUCAGAGUUCACCAAAGUUAAACUGGACGUGAUGCGAAGAUACGACUUUGCUUUGCCACAGAAAGCAUGAUAAUCGCCAAUGUUAAAUUUGUUGAUCUGAGACCGUGACCCUAGUUGUAUUUGUUGACCCCACUAUAUGGCGAUUAUAGUUUAAAGAAACAGCUCAACUCUGUCUGCCUUCAACUCUUUGUUAAACAGAGAGGGCCAUCUAGUGGGAUCAGAAAAUAAAGGAAGUGGUUUAUGAAGCUUCAUUGGACAUCAUUACCUACAGCUCAUUUUAUCCCCAGGACCCACUGUUGAUUUAAUUAGUUGUUGCUUUGUGUGGAAAAUAAUAUGUGUAAUUGUUGAAUAUUGUUCCAAGUUAAUGUGUUGAAGCUUUAAAUUGCUGUGUUUUUAAAAUAUUUUUACUGCAGUUAAACUGCAUUGCAGGAAGUAUUUUUUAUUCAUUACUAUAAAAAUGAAGGCCAUUUUAAAUAAUGUCUCUAACAGCACUUAUAUUGGUUUCAGGGUCAAUGUUUUUCCUUUUAAUCAGUAAUCUAUAAUAAAUAUCAAAUACAAAUCACUUUGUACAGUAUACUUUCCUCAGAUUUAUUUCAGGUUUCAACCACAUAAUACUGUGUCUUACAUCUACAGACAUAGAUUGGAUUAUAUCAGUACAGAUAUACACCACAAAACUUUACAGUACAGGUAUUCCUAUCUGUAAACAACAGCAAUGUUCUUUCCCUGUAAACAAGUUUGAAGAAAAAGAAAACCCAUAGAAUAUAAGACAGGAGACUGUUUCAUUGCACAUAGGCUAAAGAAGAAAAAACAUUUGAAUCUGUGUAGCAUGAUUUGCUCCUUUGAAUAUCCACGUCCAUGAAAGCCUUUGGUAGUUUCAGUGUAAUGCACUGUGCUCGUUCAUGCAGGUUAAAGGCCCACUAUAUUUCAGUUUUAAGUUCAAUGUAAAUAAAUGGUCCUGCUUGUGAUUGAACUGUGUGGUAAGCUUCAUGUGCAAAUCUAAAUAAAAAUUGUAAGAGAGC